AUGAACAAAUCGAAAUCUGAAAAAACUUUACCUUUCAAAAAUGAGAUCAUAAAACAGAUAGAAAGCUCAUUUAAUCUGAAAUUUCAAGAAUUAGCUAUAAAACGAAAAAAUGUUCAAAAUUUAGAAUUUAAACAGCAAAAGCACAAACUUCAAAUGGAAAUGAAUACAGAGAUCCAAAAUGAGAUAAAUAGCCAAAAAAAAAUUGGGCUGGAGAAAAAGAUAGAGAAAACUAUGAAACUCAAAACAGAAAGAAGAAGGGAAAUUUUGAGAGAAAUCGCUCAAAAAAAUCAUAAGUUUUCUGCUAGUGUUCAAGCAAGAAAAAUUAUACUUCAAAAUGAUUAGAUUAGAUUAAAUUCUAGCGGAUCUUCAGGGAUUAUUCCGAAUAAAACACACCCCGAAAUAUAGCCCUUCCUCUAAGUCUGGACCAACUCAAGGAUAACUUGAGGCCAUUUCAGAUAACGUAAUUUUAAUAAUUCUCAUUCAAAAUGAAGAAAAACAAAAAGUCGAAGAAUAUUUCAAAUGAAAAAAAUCAAUCCAAGACAACCCUCAAAUCUCACAAGCCAGCAGAGAAGACCCAAGUAAACUUUCGAAAAAAAACUUCCACAAUGAGUCGCUUUUUACCAAAAGGGAAUCGAUUACAGCAGAGACCAUCAAUAAGAUGAAAGAAAAAACAGCAAAGCAUGAAGAAAAUAGACUAACUCAUCUAACUGAGCUGCUUGAUAAACCUGGAUGUACAAGGUGGCUGAAAUCAGCUUCAGGAGGAAGAAUUAAAAGCGUUUUAAAAUCUUUUCCUGCAUCAGUCUGCAACACCACUAGAAAUCUUCCGACUUGAGACUGUAUUAAUGGGUAUACAGGCCCAGCUUUGACUACUCGAACUGAUUUUUCUCAUAAAAAUGAAGACUAUAAAAUAAAUGAAGAUCUAGUAAAAAGUUAUUGCCACAAGCUCAAUCCAAACAGCUCAGUCCUUACCAUAGACCAGGCUAUGCUUUAUUUGCAGCUCCGAGGGAAUGGCUGCCCAAAAGAAGAAGCUAUAUCUUUUAGUUCUCGGCAGCGCUGCCGAAUAGAUUCCACACAAAGAUAUGAUGGCCCUGUUGGCUAUAAAAUUCUAAAAAGAAUUGAUAAUAGAAAGCAAGGCCCAAAUUGAAAUGGCUGACAAGUCCAUCAAGCUGAAUACCACAGCGAGUUUAAGUAUAAGCCAUAUAAGAAUUAUGACACUUUUGAAGAUUAUAGCGUUUUUGCUGAUGGCUAUGAAAAGUUUACUAGAAAAUAUGAUAUAGUAGAUGGGGUUUUGGUUAAAAAAGACCAAUUUAAUGAGAAGGAUUUUGAUUUGUCAUUGUCUCCUCCGAGGAUAAAGAAAAAAGAAAUUUCGGAUUUAGAAAAAAGUUUGCAUGAGGAGAUCGAAAAUAAAAUUGAUGAAAAAGAAGUGCCAGAAAUUAUUGAAAUAAAGGCGACUAAUGUUAGUCAGGAGCAGCCUAAGAUUGAUAAAAUUAUAAGGCAUACACAAAAAUCAUAUACACAACUUCUACCUAGAUUUAGUGUUCAGCAAUUGUCUGAAAAGAAGCCUGAGAUUGAAAAGAAAGUUGAGUCGAAGCCUCCAGAGGAUAAAAUUGAUUUAGUAGAAGAGAAAGGAACUACAAAAAUUGUUGUUCGUAGCGUAAAACCUGUUAUCAACCCAACUCAAAGCACUUCUUUUGCUUCUUCGGAGUUCCGGUCUCCAAGAGGUAGUUAUAGCAGAGAUUUCAGAAUUAUUCAUUUUAUUAUCAUAUGUGAAAAUUAAUAAUUAGCUAGCUCUUAUUACCAAUAGAAAUAUGGUACCCAUUUCUUAAAUCCUCAAUUUUAUUUAGCCUAAUUAGAUUAUGGUAUAGUAGGUUAGACAUUUUAUAGGUAAAUAAAAGCAAGACGACCUUUCCACCUAAAAAUGAAGAGCAACCCCAAAAACCUUUGAUUGAUCUACUUAGGAGUAAUUUUGAACUAUGAGAAAAUCAGACUGAGUUUAUGGAUCAAAAAAUUAAAAAUGAAAAUGAAGCUAACGAUAACCCCCCUCAAUCUUUAUGUCUAUUGCAACAAAAAUUCAACUUUUUUAAUAUAAAAUUUAUAUAAAAAAAAGCCGCCCACUCAAGACUGAACUCGCAAAGCAAGGAGGAGACAGAAGGUACCGGAAGCUGGGCUGGAGUCAAAAAGUGGUAGAACCUUCCGUACGGAAGGUCUUUGGUGACUGUGUCACCCAUAUGGCUAGCGCCUUUCUGUAAUAAUCCUAAUCCUCUUGCAACAAAUUUUCGAUACGCAUCUUAAAUUUUCGGUACUUUUUAGCUAGAUAAGUUUAAUAAAGUGGCGAGCGAUGACAAUAGCUGUCCAAAUCUCGAUGAGAAGGUCAUUGGCACACCUACAGCAGCGCUGUUUUAUGGUUUUUUUGAGAAAACUCACCUAGAGAAAAAUGCAUUAAUUUUUUUUUUAAAAAAAUGUUGUGUUGCAGUAGGUAUAAAGAUUUUUUCGAAAAAUUUUUGUUGCAAUAGACAUGAAGAUUGAGGGGGUCAUCGUUACAAGCUCAAAUUCUGAUAUUAAAAAUUUUGAAGAGAAAUCAAAAUCUAUAAUAGCUGAAAAUUCAAGAAGUGACAUCGCAAAAGAAUCCCCAUUAUUAAGUAAAAUUAAAGGUAAAAAUCAGAAGAACUUAGAAGCACCAUUGCAAAAAUUCAAGUUUACUGAUAAAGGCGAAGAAAUUAAUAAGCAAGACAAAAAAUUCAAAAAUAAUAACAAAAGUCAUGCAGAAAAAGAGCACAAACCGAAAAAAAGAAAAUUUAUAUAA